UACGCCCAGCCAGUCUGAGCCAUGGAGCUGAGACGUGCUUGGCUGUUCCUCACCCUUUUGGGGUGCACCCACGCCGAAUCCCCCGCUAUGUAUGGGGCAAUCUCUUCCCCCAAUUACCCGCAGGGCUAUCCCAACCAAGUGCAGGAAUCCUGGGAGAUCUCCGUACCCAAGGGGUUUGGAAUUACUCUGAACUUCAUUCAUCUGGAUAUCGAGCCAUCCGAGAACUGCGAGUAUGACUCCGUGCAGGUGAUGAUCGGGGAGGAGGUCGGACUGACCCUGUGUGGACGUAGAUUUGAUGGCUUCUCAGGAGAGCCUCUGCCGGAGCAGCUCUUCCCGUCCAACACCCUGAGAAUCCGGUUCACGUCAGAUUUCUCCAACGAGGAGAGAUACACCGGGUUUUCAGUGAUCUACACAGCUGUGGAUCUGGAUGAGUGUAAGGAGCCGCUGGGGGCAGAAUGUUCACAUUUCUGCCACAAUUACAUCGGAGGUUAUUUCUGCUCCUGCCAACCCGGGUAUUUCCUUCACCUGGACAACCACACCUGCGGGGUGCAUUGCAGUGAAAACCUGUUCACAGACCUGAGGGGUCAGAUCAGCAGCCCAGGAUUUCCCCAAAGCUAUCCGGAAAAUUCUUUGUGUGAAUACAAAGUGCGCCUGGUUCCUGGGUACCAAGUCCUCCUCGCCUUCCAACCCAAAGAUUUCGACGUGGAAGAGGAUCCUAGCGGGAGCUGCUUAUAUGACAGCCUCAUUAUACAAGCUGCUGGGAAGACUUUUGGUCCAUAUUGCGGUAAAACAGCUCCUCCACGUAUUGAAUCUGGAAGCAAUGAGGUGGAUAUCAUAUUCCAGACUGACAGCGGCGGGGACAAUAAAGGCUGGACGUUGGAAUACUCAGAGGCUGCCAUUCCAUGCGAUCACCAUCACCUUUUUGAACACUCGCUUCUUGACCCGCAAAAGGUCAAAUAUGUGUUUAAGGACAGCGUGACUGUGACCUGCGAAGAAGGAUAUGAGCUCGCUACCAUGCCGGCAAACCAACAAUCGUUCCAAUCUACUUGUCAAGGGGACGGGACGUGGUCUCGCUUAGACCUUAAAUGCCAACCUGUGGAUUGCGGGCCGCCUAGCGGCAUUGAUAACGGGCACGUGGCCUUCUCCCAGACCACGUACGGGGCGCAAGCCACAUACAGCUGUGUCUCGGAAUACUACCAGCUAAUCCUGCCGGGGUCCGCAGACGACACGUUGCGCUGCUCCUCAGAUGGACUCUGGGUUAGUAAGGAUGGAGGGCAGGACCUCCCGAAAUGCACAGCAGUUUGUGGUGUGUACAACCCUUCCCAGACAGUCGACGGGAAGAUAUUCAAAGGCAAACCGGCCAACCUUGGACAGUUUCCGUGGAUGGUGGCCUUCCUCGAGCCGAAACGUGGCGCCGGAGCUCUCAUAUCCGACCGAUGGAUCCUGACUGCGGCUCAUGUCGUGCAGGGGGUUGAAGAACCCGUGAUGUAUGCGGGUAUCAUUGAUCUCCGUGGGCGCAAACAUCAGAAGCCCCUAAUCGCUAAGAGAGUCAUUUUGCAUCCUCAGUAUCUACAAGAUAACCCCGAUACCAAGAAAGACUUUAACAAUGACAUAGCCCUGGUCCAGCUGUGCAAUAAAGUUGAGCUGGGGGUCAAUGUCGCCCCCAUAUGCGUAGCUGGAAGUGAUGAAGGAAUGUUCCCAACCGUAGGUAAAAUUGGGUAUGUUGCAGGCUGGGGGAAGACUGAAAGCAGAGAAAGGUCGCCACUCCUUCUCUAUACCAAGGUGCCCCUAAGCCAAGCAGAAAAAUGUCAAGAACUAGCAGUGGAGCAAAAGUUCAGCUUCACCCCAAACAUGCUGUGCGCCGGAGACAACACCGGACAUGACAGCUGUUCCGGCGACAGUGGAGGACCACUCAUGUUCCUUGACACCAAGAAUGACAGAAGGAUGUACACGGCAGGCAUCAUCUCCUGGGGAUUAGGCUGUGGACAUUAUGGUGUCUACACCAAGGUGGAGAAUUACUUGGGUUGGAUAAAAGAGACAAUGGAAAACGCGGAAAUGGAAGAGAGUGGGGAGAGAUCAGGGUAUACGUGUGGAUAAGGACAGGGAGGGGGUAUGAGAGGAGUUUUGGAGAAGACAUCUCGUAUACGGGAUGGACAUCACCAUGUGAGAACUGGUGGGGUGUUGAAACUCUUCGCUAUGUGUUUUCAUACGCUGAUUAACAUUAAAUAUAUACGCAUGGG